ACCAAGAACACAAACAUCUUAAUUUGAAUCCUCAAAGUUUUGUGUAAUGAAAAGAAAUACAUAAUUUUAAUUCAACCCAAGUGUUUUCCAACCAGAUUGUAUUUGCUUAAAUUGCUACAGUAAUUCAAGGGACAACCCUGUCUGGACACAGAGUUACUGUGGAUUUUUAAAGAGACUCAGUUAAAGAAUUUAGGAAUUUCUGAUUCAUUUAAAGGAUUUGCAAAUUCAUCAACCCUUGAAAACUAAAGCAAAUUUAACAGGAAAAAAAAAAAAAGAACAUGGGCUUUUUAAGUCUAGUAUAUGUCCUUUUCUUCUUUUUUGGAGACAAAGUAUCCUGCCAAUAUGAAACUUAUCAAUGGGAUGAAGAUUAUGACCAAGAACCAAAUGAGGAUUAUGAACCAGAAAUCCAAUUUCGUCAACAUGUAGAAUAUGGAGUUCCUUUUUAUCAGCAUAGUUUAGGUUGUGCCAGUGAAUGCUUCUGUCCAACUAACUUUCCAACAUCGAUGUACUGUGACAAUCGCAAACUCAAGACUAUCCCAAAUAUUCCAAUGCAUAUCCAGCAACUCUACCUUCAGUUCAAUGAAAUUGAGGCUGUGACUGCAAAUUCAUUCAUCAAUGCAAGUCAUCUUAAAGAAAUUAACCUCAGCCACAACAAAAUUAAAUCUCAAAAGAUUGAUAAUGGUGUGUUUGCAAAAUUUUCAAAUCUACUACAACUUCACCUAGAGCAUAACAAUUUACAAGAAUUUCCAUUUCCUCUUCCUAAAUCUCUGGAAAGACUCCUCCUUGGUUACAAUGAAAUCUCCACAUUACACACAAGUGCCAUGGAUGGGCUGGUAAACUUGACUAUGCUCGAUCUCUGUUAUAAUCACCUUCAUGACUCUGUGUUAAAAGAAAAAAACCUUGCCAAGAUGGAAAAAUUAAUGCAGCUCAACCUAUGUCAUAACAGAUUAGAAUCAAUGCCUCCUGGAUUACCUUCUUCACUUAUGUAUCUAUCUUUAGAAAAUAAUUCAAUUUCUUCUAUACCAGACAAAUACUUUGAUGAACUUCCAAAACUUCACGCUCUAAGAAUGUCACACAACAAACUGCAAGACAUCCCAUAUAACAUCUUUAAUCUUUCCAACCUUAUAGAGCUCAAUGUCGGACACAACAAAUUGAAGCAAGCAUUUUACAUUCCAAGAAAUUUGGAACACCUAUACCUAGAAAAUAAUGAAAUAGAAAAUAUCAAUGUGACAAUGAUGUGUCCUUCUAUUGACCCACUACAUCUUCACCAUUUAACAUACCUUCGUGUGGACCAAAAUAAGCUGAAAGAACCCAUAAAUUCAUAUAUCUUCUCCUGCUUCCCUCAUAUACAUAGUAUUUAUUAUGGUGAACAAAGAAGCACAAAUGGUCAAACAAUACAACUGAAGACCCAAGUUUUUGGGAGAUUUCAAGAUGAUGACGAAGAUGAUGGGGAUGAUCAUGAUAACACUCCUGAAGGCCAAGAAACAGAAGGGACAGAAGAACACUUCAACCCUCACUACUAUGAAACUCAAGAAUGGCAAGAAAUUAUAUAGGUAUAUGUUUAUGACUUCAUAAAAUUUAUAACUAACUGAACACAAAAUUCUGCAAAAUAAUAUAUCUAGAAUUAUGUAUUAGUAUAAAACCAGAAUUGCAUUUAACAAUCAACCGCAUCAUUGCAUAGCAUUAGAACUUACUCAAACGACAUAGAUCUUUAGAAAUAUCAACUAGAAAUAGUGAGAAUAAAAAACUAAACUUCAAUGGCUUCUUAUACUUUUUUCAAACUUUUAAACAUCAUCAAACUGGAAAAAAAGUGAACAUGCCGAUUCUCAUAACAGCAAUUUCCACAGAAUGAUUAAGAAAAUAGCAUUAGCCAGGAGACCAAAGCCAAGUCCAUUCCAUCACUCUGAGGACAUCUGAUAACAGUAGGGCACAUCAGUGUAAAAAGCAAGCAUUCAUUUAAGUAAUACACUGUCCUCUUCCACUCUGUCUUCAGACUUCAAGCUUGUUGUUGUUACUCAUUCGUUAUGGUACCCUAGGAUUACUAUUAGGAGCACAGAAUAUAUUUUAUUUUCAAGAGGCCAUCUUACUAAGAAUCCAAAGCACACAGAUUUAUGAAAUCACAUGUUCACACUUUUCUCUUAAAGCAUCAAAGAGGUAACUAAAAACCACCAGAUUAUUUCAGAGCAAUUUGUCUUUUAGGAAAACUUAGCAAUAGUCCAAAAUCUUUAUUGUGUUCCAUUUUCUCUCUCUCUCUCUCUCUCUCUCUCUCUCUCUCUCUCUCUCUUAUAGUUAUAUAAAGAUUUGCUGAUAAAUAACUGCUUUGUUCACAAAGUUAAAUUAAUGUUGCCAAAAUAAGUCAUUUUAUAUAAUAAAAAGCCCUUACAGUUCAUACUUA